AAUGGCGCGCAGCGUUUGCAGAUGAAGCACGUGUGAUUGACGUUUCUAAUAAAUUGAUACAUCGUUCCCAAAUAAUAUAAAAAAUACUGAAUGCUGAAUAGUUCUUAAUCAAACGAGACACAAACGUUAAAAAGUAAUUAUGCCGGAUAUGAAAUAUAUUUUGGUUACCGGAGGAGUUAUAAGUGGUGUUGGAAAAGGUGUGAUAGCGAGUUCAUUUGGCACAAUUUUAAAAAGCUGUGGAAUCGAUGUGACUUCAAUAAAAAUUGAUCCAUACAUAAAUAUCGACGCAGGAACAUUUUCUCCAUACGAACAUGGUGAAGUUUACGUGCUCGAUGACGGUGGCGAAGUCGACCUUGAUCUUGGCAACUACGAGCGUUUCUUGGAUAUCACACUGCAUAGAGACAAUAAUAUAACAACUGGCAAGAUAUAUCAGCAGGUUAUUGAACGUGAGAGACGAGGAGACUACCUCGGCAAAACAGUACAGGUCAUUCCACACAUUACUGAUGCCAUACAAGAAUGGGUGCAAAGAGUAGCCCAUAUACCUGUGACACCAGACAAUGCUCCCCCGAGGGUUUGCAUAGUGGAGCUCGGUGGCACAAUAGGUGACAUUGAAGGAAUGUCAUUUGUCGAAGCAUUCAGACAAUUUCAGUUCCGAGUCAAGAGGGAAAACUUCUGUUGUGCUCAUGUAUCUUUAAUACCAAUGCCAAAAUCAACGGGAGAACCAAAGACAAAACCAACACAGUCAUCCGUGAGAGAAUUACGAGGCUUGGGCCUGUCUCCAGACUUGAUUUUAUGCAGAUCUGAGAAACCAAUAAAUCAAGGUGUCAAGGAAAAGAUAUCCAAUUUUUGUCAUGUUGGCCCAGAACAGGUAAUAUGCAUCCACGACUUGACCUCUGUAUAUCAUGUACCUCUGCUAAUGGAAGCGCAGGGCGUUGUACAGUAUUUAAAUGAGAGGCUUCAGCUGAAUAUGUCUAUGCCACGACCAGGAAAGUUUAUGAGGAAGUGGCACAAUCUUGCAAAACGUGUAGACAAUCUGCGCAAAGAAGUGAAUAUUGCUCUUGUAGGAAAAUACACAAAAUUGGAAGACAGCUACGCGAGCGUGACAAAGGCUCUACAACAUGCUUGCAUUGCUUCUGGCAGUAAACUUAAUCUUACAUACAUUGAAGCCGUGAACUUGGAACGUCAGACGAAAAUAGAUGAUCCAGUCAGUUACCACAAAGCAUGGCAGAAUCUGUGCAAGAGCGAUGGCGUUAUAGUGCCUGGUGGAUUUGGUCAAAGAGGAAUGGAAGGAAAAAUCGAAGCUUGUCAAUGGUGCCGUGAAACACAAAAACCGAUGUUGGGUAUCUGUCUCGGGUUACAAGCCUCGGUAAUAGAAUUCGCUAGAAAUGUACUGGGACUUAAAGGUGCAAACACAACAGAGGUUGAUCCCAACUGUGAAGAUAAACUUGUCAUUGAUAUGCCUGAACAUCAUCCCGGAAACCUUGGUGGUACCAUGCGGUUAGGAAAGAGGAAGACUUAUUUGGAGUCUAGUGUAAUAACCCAACUAUACAAGAAAGAUGUAAUUGAAGAACGUCACAGGCAUCGGUAUGAAGUAAACCCAGAGUAUAUAGAACGCCUAGAAGCGGCUGGUCUCCGCUUCGUAGGCAAAGACGAGUCUAAGACAAGAAUGGAAGUUGCUGUGGUAGACAAUCAUCCAUACUAUGUGACAGUACAGUUUCACCCGGAGUACUUAUCACGACCACUGUCGCCUAGCCCACCUUUCUUAGGAUUAAUAUUGGCAUCACUUGGAAAACUGAAAAACUACCUGUCAAAGGGCUGCCGGUUGAGUCCACGAAAUCAGUCAGAUGUCAGCUCAGAUGAGGAUGAUAUAUCAGUGUCAUCUUUAAGUAUAGCUGACGAAAAGACUGUCAUUGAAAAUGGUAUAGCAGUUAAUGGUGUAAGCAAAUAAAAAGUAUACUUAGUAGAUGACUAUUAUAAUCAAACAUCACUAUCCAUAAGUGAUAUUACUUAUAUAAAAAUAUAAUCAAACAGUAUGCUGAUUGUAUGUGAAAUGAGAUAUUUUUCUAAAGAAAAAGUAUAUAAACGUCAAACUGAAAACCAGUAUAACAUAAGUAAGUUCCAACUCAUAAUACCAUCAUUUUGUACUUCACUUUUUUAUAAAGUUAUUUUAGACAAAGUUUCUUCAAUAUACCUUUCCAGUGGUAUAAACUAUUAUUGAAGCAUAAUACAAACUGUAUGUAUUAUUUUAAUCAAAUACAUUAGAAAAUCUAGAAAUAAAUAAAUAAAAUCUAUUAAAUGUAAACAUGCAAGUUAUUGUCGUAAAAUAUUUUAUUUAUUAAUCCUUUUACAUGACACCUGUUUCCCUGUUUCAAUAUUUUAGUUGAUAAGUGAUAAAGAUAUAAGAAUUGUUUGUUUUUAAAUAAUAGUUAAGCAUAAUGUUUUGUAGCGAUUUUUUUUUUUGUUAAAAAAGGUGAUAACUUGUAUGUCAAAAUAACUUUUUACUCGAAUAAUUUGGAACUUGUAUUUGUUAUCCAUACCCAGUAAAAUUCUCCGACGUGUACAAAUAAUAUUUUAAGUAUGUAGGUGCUCAUAGAUGGUUAUAAUGAUUUAACAAUGCAUUUUGAAGAAUUACAUAGAUUUUCUAUAACAUGCUACCAGCUCAGUAUGAGACAAAAAAAAUCUUAUUAGUAUAAACAAUAUUAUACAUAGUCACUUGUAUAAUGAACUGAUGUCUAGCUUUCCCUUGGAUAUCAUUUCGGAAGAAAAUCCAAUAAAAAGGAUUAUUAGAAUUAUUUGACUUAGGAUCACAAAAAUAUAAAGAUUACUUUUUGCAUUUGUUAUAGUUUGUAACAUUGUAAAUUAACAAAUAAUAACUAUGGUGCAACAAGUAGCUUCAAUAAAUAUGCAACUCACAUAUUUGUUAUUUUUAUUAAAGUAAAUCAUUUAAAACAAUAUGCAGUUGACUGGCAUGGCAAAAACUAUUAUACUUAGAUUGUAGCAAAGAUGUCGAUUAGUCUUGGACAGGCUUAUUAUUUGGAUAUUAAUUAAGCCCCAAAUGUUAUAUAUAUUGUGAUGUUAAAUAAACUAACUCAGAGGUGAUGAUAUGGCUGUUGUAUAAUGAUAAAAAAUAUAUAUUUUAUUAUGGACAAUCCAUUAGGUCUAAAACCUAUUUGUAUUUACAUAUAAUCGUAUACUUUAUCAAUUUUCGCUUCCUCUCAUAAGUUUUCAAUAGAACUCAUAAGCAUGCCUGAGCUUUUUAUAUGCAGGCAUAACUAAAAUUUAAAAAAGCAUUCCAUUACACUUCUUGCGAUUGUAACGUUUCUCUACUCUAGUACUCUUGUUCGUAAUUAUAUUGAAAAAGCCAAUAAAUUUUCCUCUGUCUGAA